AUGGAGCACCUAAUAUUUUUGCUAAUAUUUGGGGGCUACUCGCCAAGUAUUGCUCAGAUUACCUCAAGUACAACUACAACCACUCCGGUGCCAGCGGCCAAUCGACGGACGAUCCGCGUGGGCGUGGCCGCGGUUCAAAGUACCGAACUUGACAGUAUAGGAUGGCCAAUGUCAGGUGGUGCCAUAAAUUUGGCGAUUCAAAAGUUAAGAGAUGAUGGUUUUAUAGCUGCUUUUGAUUUUGAAAUCAAUGUGAACUAUACGGAAUGCGAUAGAAGUCUUGGCGCGGCUGUGGGCAUGGAAUUUAUGCGUAGCAAAAAAUAUGAUGUGGUUAUUGGGGCGCCGUGUCAGGAUCCUAUGGAAAUUAUGGCCACCAUGGCAACGUACUAUACAACACCUCUUUUGGCAUGGGGAUUGGUCACAGAUUCCAAAUUUACCGAUGCCGAGAGAUAUCCAUAUUUGACAAAUAUCAUGGCAAACUCUUUAUCCUUGGGCUUCUCUUUGGUCAAGUUAUUCGAAAUGAUGGAUUGGGACCGGGUGGCCCUUUUAUACGAGACCAGCCCCCAGGACUACCCCUUAUCAAUUAUCAAUGAUGUGGAGACUGCAAUCAAUGAAUAUGAGGACUACUCAGUGAAUGUAGUGGUCAAACAGGCCGUUCCAAGUGGAGAUCUCAAUGAUGCACAGUACAUUUCGGUUUUGAAUCGGAUCAAAUCUCGGUGUAGGAUCGUUGUUGCUGUUAUCCAAACAGCCACUCCUCGUCGAAAAUACCUCCGAAUGAUCACUGAGCAAAAUAUGGUCAGUGAUGAGUAUGUGCACAUUUGGCUGGGAUUGAGAAGCAUUGGAUUUGGCAAACAGAGUGCAGGACUGACGAAAUGUGAGUUGAACUGCUUAUCCUCCGGAUUGACACCAGUAUGGGAAGUGUUGCCAGAUGAUGGUUGGAAUGAACGCGCCAAAUUGGCAGCUACGCGGUUGCUGGUAAUGGACCUCUCGACGGAUGUCCCAGAUGUCAACUAUUUGAACACUUUUACCAGCCAGUGUGGUGCUCAGGUUGUUAAUCCACCAGUCUCCUGUGAAACUGAGCAAUGUAAAAAUGCGUCGACUUCGCCACCAUCCGCCUUCGCUAGAAGUCUACAUGACGUCUUCUAUCUUUACGGACUAGCAAUCACAAAUAUUUAUAACACGAAUCCAGUGAAUUUGGCCAACGGACAAGCCAUCAACGAUGCGAUGCAAUUAACUUUUGCUGGUGAUUGCUCAGCUCAAUUUUUUUCAAAAAAAAACAUUUUAACAUUUUUAGGUCUCACCGGAGAAGUCUCAAUCAACGCCAACAACACCAGAGUGCCAAAAUUGAUGCUCUAUGCGCUUAAUGAGAACUACGAUCAGGCGUCUUUCAUGAAUUUGACAUAUUCUCUGGAUGGUGGAGCGAGUGUCUCCUUGGGGUACACAAACGAAGCCUCCCUGUGGUUCUGGUAUAACGGGAAAAGACCACUGACAAUUCCAAUUUGCGGAUUCUUGGGCACCGAGUGUCCCCAAACGUUUGUGGACCAGUAUGGAGCACUGGUUUUCUCUAUUGGUGGCGUUUUGGCACUUGCAAUGUUAUUUUUGAUCACUUGCUUUUUCUAUGUACUACGCCAGAGAAAGCUGGAGAGGGACCGGAUAGAUGCGGAAUGGCAAAUUCCACUAGUCAAACUGCAAGUCCCACCUAAACGAGAAAAGGAGAGAAUGUCAAAGCGAUCAAUUCAGUCUGGACCAUCAAAUAUCACAGAUACUUCAAAGAUGACGUUUGACAACACUUUUUCAAAUUAUUCCAUUUUUUAUCUGGACAAGGAGCCAGUUUUAAGUACCGCCCAUCCUGCUUCAAAUUUGGACCGUACGGAUUACGAUACUUUUGUGAAAUUGAGAAAAUUGGACCAUGAUAACAUCAAUAAGUUUGUGGGAUUAUCGAUUGACGGCGCAGAAUACCUGGCUGUUUGGAAAAUGUGCAUGAGAGGCAGUUUGCAGGACAUCAUCGGCCAGGGAAACUUCUCGAUCGACCCGUUUUUCAUGUUCUGUGUCAUCCGAGACAUGGCCGAAGGACUCAAAUAUCUUCAUAACAGUUUUCUACACGUUCAUGCGAAUCUUCGAAGUGGUACUGUACUGAUAAAUGAGUCAUGGCAAGCGAAAUUGACGGAUUUUGGACUGGGGAAUUUGGCGGAAGAGAAAAAACCAAUGAAACGACGGCAAUUAUGGAUGGCACCUGAAGUGAUACGUGGCACUUUGCUACCUCAUCAAGUCGAAAAACCAGCCGACAUUUACUCAUUGGCUAUAAUCGCUUCAGAGGUUUUGACACGGAAAGAGGCCUGGAAUAUGUCGGAAAGAAAGGAUACCGUCGAUGAAAUCGUAUACCGAAUCAAAAAAGGGGGUCCAAACUCAAUCAGACCAGAUUUGGACAUGGAUGGUGUGGAGAUUAAUCAUAGUUUGUUAGUUCUAAUCCGUGACUGCUGGAGUGAAGACCCAACGGACCGUCCUGGUGCUGACAUCAUCUGUAAUCUUCUGAAAAAUAUGAUGCCGAAAAAAGGAAAUCUCAUGGACCACGUCUUCAAUAUUCUAGAAGACUACACCACAAACUUGGAAGUCGAAGUUGAAGACAGAACCAAAGAAUUGACGGCGGAAAAGAAGAAAGCGGACGUAUUACUCGGAAGAAUGCUCCCAAAACAAGUCGCAGAGCGGUUGAAACAAGGACAAACUGUGGAGCCGGAAGGAUUUGACUCGGUUACUGUAUUCUUUUCGGACGUGGUCAAAUUUACGCAGCUGUCCCAAAAGUGCUCCCCGUUCCAGGUUGUAAAUUUGCUAAACGACUUGUACAGUAACUUUGACGCCAUCAUCGAGGAGCACGGGGUCUAUAAAGUCGAGUCAAUUGGUGAUGGUUAUCUUUGUGUGUCUGGAUUGCCUCAAAGAAAUGGAAAUGCUCAUAUUAAAUGCAUUGUGGAGCUCUCCUUGGACUUCAUGGCAUACUGUAAAGCGUUUAAAAUCCCACAUUUGCCUCGGGAAAAGGUGGAAUUACGUGUCGGAGUCAACAGUGGGCCAUGUGUGGCUGGAGUUGUGGGCCUGAGUAUGCCCCGGUACUGUCUGUUUGGAGAUACGGUUAACACUGCGUCUAGGAUGGAGAGUAAUGGAAAACCAUCUCACAUCCAUUUGAGUGCGGCAGCCUACACACUUCUCAUGAAACACUACCCGAAUCAAUACAAUACCGCUUCCAGGGGAGAUGUCAUCAUAAAAGUAGGCCCCCUCUUAGGCCUUUUUAGGCCUUUUCAGGGAAAAGGAGUGAUGGAAACGUUUUGGGUGUUUGAACGAAACAAUCAAUUCAUGGGAAACUCUUCGAAUAUGGCCUAUAACCCCGAAAAUAAGAAGAAACAGAAGAAUGACGAUGAAGAUGUAGAUGAUGAAAGUAGUGAUGGUUCGAGUAGAGCCCCAAAUACACCGCCAAUGCAUGAUGUAAACGCCAACAGCCCGCCACGCCAAAGAAAACCUGGACCACCAUCAUCGUCUCCAACGUUCUCAAAACGGUCAGUGAGCCCGAUUUUGGAAGAAAAAGCCCGCGAAAUUCAUAACGAGGAGACAGAAGCGCUCUAUCGACAAUUCAGAAGGCAGGAGACGUUGGCAUUGAUGUGA